CUCAUCAUCAUCACUUCCUCUCGAUACCCGACGACAAGAGCUACAAUCGCAAGAUGUCUCUCCCGCUACAUCCACCAGCAACAAAGGAAGAGUUGGAGCUUCUCUCUUUCCUCUCGUCGGACAAUUGGCAGGUACGACAGGUUGCUUUGAGCAACCUGGCUGGAUAUUCUACACAGGGUCAUCCGAGGAGGGGAUUGUUGCUGCUGACUGCAAAGGAGCGAGGGGGAGAAGGGGAUGGACAGGAUGUUCUUGAGGACGUGAGGAGAUUGAGCAUGGAUUUGACGCCAACAGCCCACUCCUCCUUCUCCCUGCUCAUCAACCUCUGUUCCUCGCCAAUCCUAGCCCGAAAGAUCUCCACUCCUUCCUUCCUCUCCUUCCUGGUAGGGUACAUCUCCCACCCGACCUCAAUCCUAGCCGAUCUAGCCUCCAUGCUCCUCUCCAAUCUCACCAAAUUCGACGAUCAAAGCAGUCGGCAACUCAUCGAAAUGCGGACUAGUGUUGCUGGUGAAGAAGUUGGUGGAUUGGAAUUGCUCCUGGCAGCUUUUGAUCAGGGAGCGAGUGUGAGUGCGGGUAAGGCGGGAGAGGCUUUGGAGGAGAUGAAAAGAAAAGUGGGAGAGGCGGGGAUGGCGGGCAAGGAUGUUAGGGAGGCAGAGAAGGAGGUGGGAGAUGGAGAGAGGAAGUCUACUUGCCACUUUCUUGCUAGCGUCUUUGCGAAUGUCAGCGCUCUCCCCCUCGGCCGGACCUUCUUCACCACUCCUUUGAACGCAUCUCUACAAUCAACGCUCCCCCUCGUUCGUCUCUUUCCCUACACCGAGCACCCCGAUCUGAUCCGCAGAGGAGGCUGCAUCUCCACUCUCAAAAAUUGCCUCUUUGUCAAGUCUCUCCACCCUACUCUUCUCCCAGACCCAACAAGCCUCACCAUCCCAUCCACAGCGGCCGACGAGCCAGAACAGGACAGCGCCUCUACACCACCUGCCCUCGAGGCCAGCUCAAUAGAGGAAUGCGACAUUCUCCCCUCUCUCCUCCUUCCUCUAUGCACCUCUACACUCCUCGAAACCCUCUCGGAUGAAGAGCAAUUCUCUCUUCCAGACGAGCUACAACUCCUCCCCGAUACGCAUAGAGCAGAACGAGAUGGUGCUCUUCGUCUGAUGCUCAUCGAAUGUCUCCUCUUACUCUGCACUACUUUCCAUGGAAGAAAAGUGAUGCGGGCAAGGGGAGUAUACUAUGUAGUUCGAGAGAUGCACAAGGGUGAAGAAGAGGAAAGGAUUGGUGAAGCGGUAUUGAGAUUGGUGAAUUUAUUGCAGAGGGAGGAGAGUGGUGCGACGGAGAGGGAUGAGGAAGGGGGAGGGGAAGAAGGGAGCGAUCAGAGGGCAAUUGAUGAAUUGGUGGGAGCGGAAGAGGAAGGGGAGGAUGAGGAUUUGGUCAUUGAGGAAUUGUAGAUUGGCGCAAGGUGAGCUGUGAGCAGGUCGUACCACUAUAGAUCAAAAAUCAAUCAGCCAUCAGAUGUGAAGAGUCUUUCUGCUUUGAUCAGAGUGUGUAUUGAGCAGCUACAACC